AUGCAAGAAGUCAAUCAGUCCGUGGUGUCUGAAUUCAUUAUUCUUGGGCUUUGUGAUUCAUGGGAGCUCCAGGCCUUCUUCCUUGUGAUAUUUUCUUCACUUUAUUUGAGCACUGUUUUAGGCAACAUCUUCAUUGUGGUCAUAAUCAUUAUUGACCUUCAUCUCCACUCUCCUAUGUACUUCCUGUUAGCCAAUCUCUCUUUCAUUGACUUCUGCCUUUCCUCAGUUACUACUCCCAAAAUGAUCACAGACUUUCUCAAGGAAAACAAGACCAUCUCCUUUGGAAAUUGCAUGUGUCAAAUAUUCUUUGGACACUUCUUUGGAGGGGCUGAAAUGAUACUGCUUGUGUCCAUGGCCUAUGACCGUUAUGUGGCCAUCUGCAAGCCACUUCAUUACUCCAGUGUCAUGAACAGACACAGGUGCAUCAGGUUGGUGGCGACAUCAUGGAUCAUAGGCUUUGUGCAUUCAAUAAGCCAGCUAGUGUUGAUUGUAAAGCUGCCUUUUUGUGGACCUAGGGAGUUGGAUAGCUUUUUCUGUGAUAUUCCAUUGGUGAUCAAGCUAGCCUGCAAGGACACCUAUGUUCUAGAAAUGUUGAUUAAUGCUGACAGUGGGAUACUGGCAACCCUCUGUUUCAUUCUGUUACUGAUCUCUUACUCUCACAUUCUGUUUACUGUCUGCCUUCACUCUAAGGAUGGUGCAUCCAAGGCCCUCUCUACGUGCACUGCCCACAUCACGGUGGUGGUACUCUUCUUUGGGCCCUGCAUCUUCAUCUAUCUAUGGCCACUCAGCAUUACCUGGGUAGACAAGUUUCUUGCAGUGUUUUAUGCAGUCAUCACGCCUCUCCUAAAUCCAGCCAUUUACACCCUCAGAAACAAAGAGAUUAAAAAUGCCCUAAAGAGACUAUGA